AACUCGACGUUUAACUUUUUUUUGUUUCAAUUUCUCUUCUUUUGUCCGUUCUAGAAGCGGUUCAAGAGCAGAACUUGGUGAGUCAGAGCGAGUUGAGUUCCGAUUACAAAGAUGGCGUUUACGCUGAGGAGCGUGAAGGUGCCGCCGAACUCGGUGAACCUGGAAGAGGCGAGGAAUCGAGUCUUCGACUUCUUCAGGUCAGCUUGCAGAUCGAUACCGACCAUCAUGGAAAUCUACAACCUCCACGACGUCGUCACCGUCUCUCAGCUCCGGUCCACCAUCGCCUCCGAGAUCCGCAAGAACGCCCACGUUACUAACUCCAAGGUGAUUGAUUUGCUGCUCUUCAAGGGGAUGGAAGAGCUGAACAACAUUGCUGAGCAUGCAAAGCAGCGGCACCACAUCAUUGGCCAAUAUGUGGUGGGUCGUCAAGGGCUUGUGCAAGAUUUGAACACUAAGGAUCAGGCCAUAUCGGAUUUCCUAAAGAAUUUCUAUAACAGCAAUUACGUUUGAUCCUUCAAAUAUUUUGUAGAAGUGCCUCUCUUAAGCUUCUGCUUUCAGGUGUUAGACUUUCCUCAUUUCAUAAUAAUGAACUUGGAAUUGUUUCCAUGUCUUGCUUUUGGGUAAACUUAUGUAUCCUUUUUACCCAUAUUUGUGCCCGAACCAGAUGGCAAUUUACAUUGCAUUGCUGUUAGUUUUCAAUGAUGAAGAAAUGGCUGAGUGCCAGUAGAAAAG